GGGCUACUGUACAGCGGAUGGGGAGGAUGGCCUCACAAUGAGGCGGGUCUCAGUAUAACAUCGCGAUAAGUGAGAGUAUAUAUAUAUGAAGCUGUGAACUUGGUUUUCAUUCAUCUACUUUUCUUCAAUUGGCUGUUGCAGAGUGUUGGAAUCACAUCAAUCUGAAGAUGGCAGCGGGGAAAGCUCACAUCGGGAAGCUCGCUCCUGAUUUCAAGGCGACAGCGGUGAUGCCCGACGGCCAAUUCAAAGAAAUCAAGCUAUCUGAUUAUAGAGGAAAGUAUGUCGUUUUCUUCUUCUACCCGCUGGAUUUUACUUUUGUGUGCCCGACCGAGAUCAUCGCCUUCAGCGAUGCCGCAGAGGAAUUUAGGAAAAUCAACUGCGAAGUUAUCGGUGCCUCCGUGGACUCGCACUUCUGCCAUUUCGCAUGGAUUAACACACCACGCAAACAGGGAGGUCUUGGCCACAUGAAGGUCCCUCUGGUUGCCGACACCCUGAGAUCCAUUUCGCAAGACUAUGGUGUGCUGAAGGAGGAUGAGGGAAUCGCCUACAGGGGUCUUUUCAUUAUUGACGAUAAGGGGAUCCUGAGGCAGAUCACCAUCAACGACCUUCCAGUCGGCCGCUCUGUUGACGAGACGCUGCGUUUGGUGCAGGCCUUUCAGUUCACAGACGAGCAUGGAGAAGUGUGUCCUGCGGGCUGGAAACCAGGAAGUGACACCAUUAAGCCCGACGUCCAGAAGAGCAAGGACUUUUUCUCCAAGCAGUAACAACUGGACUCGAAUCUGCAUCAUAUUGUAGAAUUUGACACUAUUUGAUACUCCGUUGAGGGAAAAUAGACAGUGAAUUUUGUCAUUGUAGGUUUAAUGUGUAAAUGGCUUGUAACCCUUCCUACAGUGAAGAUAUUAUAGUUCACCUUUUCAUGCCUGGCAUAAGUAUUAUCUUAACAUACAAUGGCCGGUUCUUGGUGAUCUCACAUUGUAGAGUUGCUUCAGGUAUUAUCAGACUGUUAAUUAAAGCUGGCUUCUGUCCUUCAGCAUAACUACAAGUAAAACCUCAGUACUUUGUGAAAAAGGGUAGGAAACUUUUCUGUAUGAGCUUCUUAAUAAACUGAACAUUUUGCGGUUA